CAUGUAUGAAGUUAAAAAAAGCUAAUAUUAUAGUAAAAAUUGAUUUAACCCAUUAUGUUGGGUAAAAUUAACCCAAAUUGGGUUGUUUUUAACUCAGUGUUUUUAGAUUUUUUAUUAAUAGAAAAAGACCAGACACAAAAAUGACAGGACUGGCUUCAUGUGUCUGCUAUAGCUCCAGCUAAACCACUCCAAAUUAAGAAAUGGUAGAAAUGACUUCGUGAUUUAGGCCUAUAUCUGUAGUAACUGAGAGUCUAAUAUUUUAUGCAAUUAUGCAUGAACUAAACCUUGAAUGCAAGUAAGUCUGCCAAAUGCUUAAAUAUUAAAUCAAAUAUUAGGACGUUCUGCAUUCAUACAGUAAGUGUUCAGUUGCUACAUUACAAACACAAACACUAGUCCUGAUGUAUCGCUCAAAGUUGAUGAUCAAUCAUUAUGUUUGAGUCAUUCAUGUUGAAACAAAGUUCCCCUACCACUGUAUUUCGAGUGAACUCCACCCACCCGCAGAGCUACUACACCUGCCCGCACGAGCUCAGGUGAGACACUCCCGCGCCGCAUUCCGAGCUCGUGAAGGCGAGCAGGAGGUCGCGUCGCGUCAUGGCGGAGUCGCAGCUCGUGUGUCUGGAGGACGGGCUCAUGCCCGCCGCGGUGCCCGAGUCCCGGCCGCAGUUCUACUACAGCGAGCAGCAGCGGGCGGCGCUGGAGCAGCUGCUCACGAACGGAGACGGAGCGUUCAAGAGCCUCCUGAAGGAGGAGAAGAGCCAAGACUUCCUGUCGGCGCGGGAAAUCAAGGCCAUCACGAACACCUUCGUCAAAUAUAAGCAGGAGGAAGACGAUGGAGGGGCAGCGGAGAGCAAACCCAAAAAACAACCAACAACCGACAAACGCGAAGACAGCGGCUCGCUGCGCUCCACCUAUUGGCCGCAGAUGUCGGACACGGAGGUCCCGCCGCUGGACAUCGGGUGGCCCUCAUCCGGGCUCUUUAAAGGGGUCACCCGAGUGUCGGUCUACACACACCCGCCCAAAGAGAACAGCCCACACAUCAAGGAGGUGGUCCGAAAAUUAAUACAAGAAUCAUGCAAGGUCGUGGCUAUCGUGAUGGACCUGCUGACCGACCUGCAGAUCCUGCGGGAUCUGUUCGAGGCAUCCAAGCGUGGCGUUCCCAUCUACAUUGUGCUGGACGAGCUGGGAGCGCCGCACUUUCUGGACAUGUGCAGCCGAAUGCAGGUCGGCGCAAAGGAUCUUCAGAAUGUCCGGACUCGGACCGUAAAGGCUGUCGGUUUAAAUCUGUCCUCGGGGAGAAUCCCAGGAAACGUCCAGAGCAAGUACAUGUUUAUUGACGGAGAUAAAGUCAUGUUUGGAACAUACAGCUUCUCCUGGAGCUCUUCCCGAAUGGACAGAAACAUGAUCACGGUGAUGUCAGGGCAGGUGGUGGAUUUUUACGACAACGAUUUCCGAGAACUUUACGCCGUUUCGGACAAACUCGACCUCUUUAAGGAGUUUCACCUCAGUAAGCCCAAGACAGGCAGCCUGUCCCGUGCCGCCGUGCCCAAACGCCCCCUAGCGGCCACUUCACGCUUCCAGGUGAACCUCGGAGACGCGACGCGUGGAGAUAUUAAAGUGCCGGCGCACAAAUACCACAACCCGAAGUACCUGUUGGCGCUCGGACAGAUCCCAGGACCCUCAACACCACUGCAGGAUUUCUUAAGUACCAUGCAGCCACCAGAUCCCACAGAAGAGCCGGAGAAUCCCAUGGAAGAGCUGGAGAACCUGACACCCGCUCCCUCUCAGACCGGGAAGAAGUCCAAGAAACUCAAAACACCGACAAAGUCAAAGAGAUCAUGGUGGAGGAGACAGAAGCAGGACAAGACGAGCGAAGCUGUCACUGAAGAAAACACGGCGGACGAAGCGUCCAAACACACGCUGACCGCAGACGACACCUCUGAGGAGCAGGACUCCGGCAAAAAGAAGAAAAGUAUAUUUAGGAACAUUUUUAAAAAAAACAAAUGAUGAUUCUUUCGUCGUGACUGAAUGAGCCGCUGUUUUUAACGCCUCAUGAAGACGUCAUGUUGACAUGUUUACACCGUGUUCCUGACCUCACUUUAGACUUUCUUUGUAGUGUAUGUUUGAUAUGAUCAGUGUGAUGAUAACUGUAUUCAUAUGUGUGACUGUGACGAUGUACAACGCUUGAUAAAGAGACAAAAUAAUGUCUGAAUUACAUUCAAACCUGCUGAAAGGUUUCUGUACAGAGGAAGAUUGUGUUUGGCAUUCUGGAAACAUGUUGAAAAUGUUGCUUAAUGAAGUAUAGUCAAGUCGGUUUUA